AUGCAUGUGAAUAACUAUAGGCAAAUUAACUCGCCCGACAACGACAUCCGUGUAGCCACGGCAAAGAACGCGAGCAUGGCGGGAGGUCCUACCGCCGCCUCCGGUGCGAGCUGUGACGGCGACGACGGAGACGAAGCACACGGCGACGACGCGGAGGAGGAUUGGCCGGAGAACGGCCACGACGACAGCGCUUCGGGCGACGAAUUAGGUCCUGCCGACAUUGAGGAGGACGAAUGGUGGAAUCAGCCGGUCGGGAGCAACGACGAAGUGGAAGAGUGGCGGGCUGGUGAUUUUGACAACGACGGAGGUGACGAAGCUGACGGUGACAACGCGGAGGCACAGGAAGCGGCGGUGGAUGCAAAUGAGCGUGCCGACGAGGCGGAGGCGGAACUCGAGACAGUUGCGCCUGCGGAUGCGGACGCGGUGGCGGAGGCGGACAAGGUGGCUGCGGAUGCCGUCUUAUUUGACAGUGAAGGCUCCGACGACGACCCGUGGAGCCUUGGGACAGACGACGACGUUCCGCUACUGAAGCGGAGGCUGCGCCAUCGCCUACAGUCCACGACGAAACGCGCCCACAUGGUGCUCUCUGACGACGACAGUCCGGGGGAGGAGCGUCGCCCGAUACUCACCGUUGCGGAGAAGGGGAAGGCCAAGGUCGUGGAAACCCCUGCUAAGUCCCUUGCUAAGGCCCCUGAUAAGGCCCCUGCUCGUCGCCGCACAAGCAACAAGAAGCGCAAGUCCGACGGAGACCCGGGAUCCAGCAAGGGUGCGGCUAUGAAGAAGGCGAAGAAGGCGCCGAAUCCUGACGACAUUAUCGUGAACAAACCGUUGGGCAGCGACGAUGAGUACGCGGCGGCGGCGGGCCCGAUUCCCACGUUCCCGAAGAAGGUCACGCCAAAGGACCCCACCCUCCAUAAUCCCAACACCCGUCCACCUUCCCCUCGCAGCAAAGACACUACGAAGAAGCGCAGCGGAUGGACCGUGCGUGAGAAGCUUAAGUGGGCGCGCCGCUAUCAGGAGCUCGGCUCCUUGAAGAAGACGAGCGUGGAGUCAACCGCGAGCAUCGCCUGCAUCAGAUGCUGGAGCGCGGAGGCGGCUGCAGGCUUCUACAAGGGCGCGGCUAACUGCCGCAAGCGGAUGCACGGGGGGGGGCUCGCUGCCGUGUCAUCUAUCCCACCCGCAGGGAACCUGCGGAGGCCUCCGCACCCCGUGGUGCUGCAGUGGAUCGCGGAGGCUUGGGAUCAAGUCCCCAAGCAGAUCAUCAUCGACGCGUUCCGCCACUGUGGGAUCUCCAGCAAGCUGGACGGAACGGAGAACCACCUGGUGAUGUCUCACCUGCGCGCCAGGAGCACCACCGAUGUCUCCGAGGACAUGUCCCUUGGGGAGACCACAGGCGACAACACGCGCCUCCUCGGGAAGGCUCCAGAGGAGGAGGAGGAGGAGGAGGAGGAGGAGGAGGAGGAGGAGGAGGAGGAGGAGGAGGAGGAGGAGGCGAUGCAGGCGGAGGGCGUGCAGGAGGUGGCCGUGGCAACUGGCCUGAGGUGCUGUACCAGGAGACCCCCAACUACCGCGGAGCGGCGGCCGAGGCUGACCGCAUGA